AAACUAACAAAAGCCCAAAUCCAUUCUCCUAAAAACCCUAGAGACCGGAAAUCAAUCUAUCACUAUAAUUAGAUUGUAAAAGUUCCGUAAACCCUAAUUCCUUUUUAUCUGCCGCAUCCGAGACCAUCCACAGUUCAGAAAUGAGUGAGGAAGCUAAGGCUGUGGUUCCCGAGUCACUUUUGAAGAAGCAGAAGAGGAAUGAAGAAUGGGAGCUUGCCAAAAAGAAGGCGAUUGAAGUUGCAAAGAAGAAAAAAGUCGAGAAUCGCAAGCUGAUUUUCACUAGGGCUAUGCAAUAUGCAAAGGGGUACGAGGCUCAGGAGAAAGAGCUGGUUCAAUUGAAGCGGGAGGCAAAAUUGAAAGGAGGAUUCUAUGUAGAUCCAGAAGCUAAACUCUUGUUCAUCAUCCGAAUCCGUGGUAUCAAUGCCAUGCACCCUAGGACGAGAAAGAUCUUGCAGCUCUUGCGUUUGAGACAGAUUUUCAAUGGUGUUUUUCUUAAAGUGAACAAGGCAACAAUGAACAUGCUUCACCUUGUUGAGCCUUAUGUGACUUAUGGAUAUCCUAAUCUCAAGAGUGUGAGGGAAUUGAUUUACAAAAGAGGUUAUGGGAAGUUGAACAAACAGAGAAUUGCUUUGACGGACAACGCAAUCGUGGAGCAGGCUCUGGGCAAAUUUGGCAUCAUCUGUGUUGAAGAUCUUAUCCAUGAGAUCAUGACCGUAGGACCUCAUUUUAAGGAGGCCAACAAUUUCCUUUGGCCCUUUCAGCUCAAGGCGCCGCUAGGUGGUCUGAAGAAGAAGAGAAACCACUAUGUCGAAGGAGGAGAUGCGGGCAACCGCGAGAAUUACAUCAAUGAGCUAAUUCGGAGAAUGAAUUAGAUUCGGGGGUGAUAGUUAAUUCAGCGGUGGAGGCAUUUUUGGUUUGUUCUGAAGGAUGCUGAUAUUUGUUUCUUUUGGCAUUUAGAUACAUAGUCUUGUCUAAAACCAUGAAUUCUUGGUGUUUUACCAUUAUUAUAUUUUCUGAAACAACUUUCCCAGAAA